UUUCCCGACCAACCACCACUAGCUGGUCACACCAGCAGCAGCAGUCUUCAGCUGUUCAACAACAACAGCACGCGGCAGAAACUACAACAAAACAUUAAGAUUGUAAUCAAGCUGUUAACGGUUAUUAGUGAGCUACCAAAAACCAAUUACCACAGUUCCAAUGCGCCCAACGAACGGUAAGCGCCAUUCCAAGGAGAGCCCAUAGCGAGCGAGAGAGAUAGAAAAACGGUGAAGGUCGCGCUGCGAAAGAGCGAGAUAAUUGAUUCGCAAGUUGGUGUUGGUGCAUAUUCAUGUUCUAAUCGCACCCAUGUGCGUUCGUGUGUGUGUGUGUGCGAGCAGUGUUUAUACAGCAAGCAACUGAUAUAAUCGAUCUUGAUUCUCGACAUCCCGCCAGUGAGACAAAAGAGUCGAGAUCCGAGAUCCGUCAUUAAACCGGACAAUCCACAGGCAUUCGUAACUCGCACAUCCCGCGGAUCAGAAUAUAUCCCAUUGCGAAGAUAUGGCUCUAAACCUGAAGGCCCUGCUGGGCAUGCUGUUCGUGUUCAUCGGCUGCUGCAGCAACGUCGUCUUCCUGGAGCUGAUCAUUCAGAUCGAUCCGGGCGCGGGUAACCUGAUCACCUUCGCCCAGUUCCUGUUCAUCGCGCUGGAGGGCCUGGUCUUCACCUCCAAGUUCUUUACGGUGCGACCGAAGAUUGCGCUGAAGGACUACGUCAUCCUGGUGGCCCUGUUCUUUGGGGCGAACGUGUGCAAUAACUAUGCCUUCAACUUCAACAUACCCAUGCCGCUGCACAUGAUCUUCCGCAGCGGAUCACUGAUGGCCAACAUGAUCAUGGGCAUUGUGCUGCUGAAGAAGCGCUAUAAUCUGCGACAGUACAGCUCCGUGGCCAUGAUCACGGCGGGCAUUAUAUUGUGCACGCUGGUCUCUAGUGGCGAUGUCAAGGAUAAUACGCAUCACAGCCUCAAGGUGGAUACCUCCUACUCCGAUUUCUUCUGGUGGACGGUGGGCAUUGGCUUGCUGACGAUCGCCCUGCUGGUGACCGCCUACAUGGGCAUCUACCAGGAGGUGAUAUACAAGAAGUACGGCAAGCAUCCCAGCGAGGCCUUAUUCUUUACGCACAUGUUGCCUCUGCCCGGUUUUCUGAUCAUGGCCGGCAAUAUAGUCCAGCACUUUGGCAUCGCAUGGUCGUCGGAACCAGUGGCCGUGCCACUGCUGGGAGCCAUUGGACUGGAGUGGAAAUUCCCGCUGAUGCUGUUCUACCUGCUGUGCAACGUGGUCACCCAGUAUGUUUGCAUCAGUGCCGUCUACGUCCUGACCACCGAAUGUGCCUCGCUAACCGUCACGCUGGUGGUCACCCUGCGCAAGUUCGUCUCGCUGCUGUUCUCGAUCAUCUAUUUCCGGAAUCCAUUCACCCUGAACCAUUGGGUGGGCACCAUCCUGGUAUUCUUCGGCACAAUACUCUUCGCCAAUGUGAUCAACCAGGUGAGGGACGCCUAUCGGGCCAGGUCGGGCCGGAAGACCCGCUUCGACACCGCUCCGCUGGCCAAGAAGGUCGAGUAAUCUUCGCGUGCUGUGCUGGUUCCUGCUGCAGAGGCCAUUAACCAUUAACCAUUAAUUUGUAGUCCUAGCGCCUUGUUUGUACAUAGAAUUUGCCUAGUGUUUAGACGCCUCUUUGUCUGGUUUGUAAUUCUCGAGUCCGUGUCUUUCUAGAUUUUCAAAUGUUCUUGUUUUCUUUUAAGCCAUCUAUUUAAUUGAUUUUUUUUUAAUAAAUUCUUGAAAAACAUA